GGGUGAGCCGAUGGGACCCACAAUCAAGCGAUUGCGAAAGUAGGGUGUGAUCGGAUGUCUCCGAUACACCGACGUCGACCCUUUCAUAAGGUGGAAAUGGUCUUGGGAAAUCAUUAAUUACCUGUCGAAUCUGUACAAUCAUUGAAGUUAGGAAAUCCCUCCAUCAAUAAUAUGUUCCAACCUCUUUUCCAACGACGCGGUGUCCUCACCAGCACCAAGCGUUAUCUGUCGAAGCAACACUCCCUGCCGGCCGCCUAUUACCGCGGUGGCACCUCCCGCGCCGUUAUCUUCAAUCAGGCCCAUCUACCCCCUCGCCCACAAUGGGAUGAUAUAUUCCGCAACGUGAUUGGGAGCCCUGACCCGUAUGGUCGGCAGCUUGAUGGUCUUGGAGGUGGUAUCUCCAGCCUGUCCAAGGUGUGCGUUGUGGGGAAAUCUACCCACCCCGACGCCGAUGUGGAUUACACGUUUGUGUCGCUGGGUAUCAAAAACACCGAUGUCGACUACUCUAGCAACUGUGGUAACAUGAUCAGCGCGAUUGGUCCAUUUGCCCUGGAUCAGAAGCUUGUCUCCGCUCAGACGCCCGAUACAGCUACCGUCCGCAUUCAUAAUACCAAUACCGGUAAGAUUAUCACCGCUACUUUCCCUGUGGUGGAUGGCGAGGCUGCUUCGAAUGGGGACUUCUCAAUCGAUGGUGUUGCUGGAACUGCUGCUCGCAUCCAGCUAGAUUUUGUCAACCCCUCAGGCUCGGUGACCGGGAAAAUGCUGCCGACUGGUAACAGCAAGGACGAGUUCGGCGGCAUCCAAGCCACAUGCAUUGACGUGGCCAAUCCCUGUGUGUUUGUCCAGUCGGCAGCCCCAGGUGUUCGGGGAGAUUUGACUCCAGAUGAGAUUACUGCUCACCCGGAUCUUCUCCAACGCCUGGAUUCUAUCCGGCGCCAGGCGGCAGUCAAGAUGGGGAUCGCCAAAACCACCGAAGAAGUGCCGGGAAGCAUUCCGAAGAUCUGCAUCGUAUCACCACCAGAGUCAUAUGAUACCCCAGUGGAUCUACUGGUACGGGCUAUCUCCGUCGGACAGCCACACAAGGCAGUGCCUAUCACGGUUGCCCUAGCCGUCUCUGCGGCCGCUCAUAUAGCUGGUAGUACGGUUGAGGCGGUGGCAAGGAAGGAUAAAAUCGAUGAUGCUGGUACCACAAUUGGUCACGCCAGUGGCACUUUGCUUGUUGGAGCACAGUUCAAGAAGGAGGAGUUGACAGCAGCAACUGUCUUCCGUACCGCACGUCGGUUGUUUGAUGGUAACAUUUACUGGAAGAGCUAGCUUUUCCCUGAGUAGUUACUCGUUGUUUCAAUUAUUCGAUGUCAUGUACUUGUUCAACUACAAGUGAAUAUCUCUUCAUCUUUAAAAGAAACAUCACGGUAGUAUUCGUGUG